AGGAGGAGGAAGAGGAGGAGGAGGAAGAGGAGGAGGAGGAGGAGGAGAUGCCAGUCUGCCCAUGACCGCGGUGUUGAACUCAUACCCGCUCUGUGCGUGCGUGUGUGUGUGCGUGUGUGUGUGUGCGUGUGUACGAGUGUGGAGAUGAGUCCGCUACCUCCAAGCUUACACGCCUCCUCCACCUCCUCCUCCACCUCAUCCUCCACCUCCUCCACCUCCAAUAUGACUACGGACACGUCCGAGGUGGUGGAUCAGAUCCGGAAGGGGGACAAGAUCGGGGUCCUGGUGUUCCUCCGGGGGGGCGGCGACCCCAACCAGCGGAACCACAUGGGCUGGACGCUGCUCCACCUGGCCUGCUUAGAGGGUCAGCAGGAGGUGGUGGAGGUGCUGCUGGACGCGGGGGCCUCGGUCAACUCGUGCACACCCGAUAUGUGCACGCCACUUCACCGGGCAAGUGGACACGGCUACACGCACAUAGUGGAAAUGUUGCUCAAGAAGAACGCCUAUAUCAAUUGUCAAGACAAGGCCGGCAACACCCCCUUACACGAGGCUGCAAGGGGCUUCCACACGUCCGUAGUGAAGCUGUUGAUUGAGAGGAAGGCGGACAAGACGAAGACGAACAAGAAGAAUCAGACCUUUUUGCAGCUGGUCGGCCAGCAGCUCAUGCCCACGGUGGAGGCAGGGGACAGCGAGGCCUUGGAACAGUGGCUCACCUGGGGGCUUAGUCCGGACACGAAAGGAAAUUUACAUUGGUCAAUCCUGCAUCACGCCUGCGCCCGGGGACAGCUGAAUAUCGUGUCUCUACUGCUGGAGAGGGGCGCGACCGUGGGCGUAGAGGAUAGCAACCGUACCACGCCCUUACACACAGCCUGCUUCCACGGACACAGCAGGAUCGUUGCGCUCCUGCUGGACAAGGGGGCCAACUUCGAUGCCACGGACCUCCGCGGCAACUCCCCCCUGCACUCUGCUAUCUCCGGGAGACAUCCUGAGAUCAUGAACCAGCUUCUAGAGAGAGGCUGCAACACCUCUAUAGCCAACAACGAGGGGCAGAUCUUUACACAUUUGGUCAACGAAUUUCUAGUGUCAGCGGUCCAUGCCGGAAACGUUAGUCAUGUGGUCAGUCUCCUCAAGGGGCGCGCUGACCCCAACACCCGGGACCCCUACGGCUUCCCUGUCCUCUGUCAUUCGGCGUUCAAGGGCGAACUGCUGAUCACCGACGCCUUGCUAGAGAGUGGAGCGGACCCCAACAUCACGGACGCUGACGGACGUACGCCCAUGCACCACGCUAGCUUUUGGGGCCACCUCUUCGUCCUUAAGUCCCUCCUGGAUAAGGGCGGCAUCGUCACUGUGUCCGACAAGAAUGGUACCACUCCACUCCACCAGGCGGCCAGGGAGGGAGUGGAAGAUGUUAUGACCGUUCUUAUGGGCAGAGGGGCAAAAAUGAACGCCCUUGACCACCAGGGUAACACGCCGCUCCAUCUCGCGGCCAAAUGGGGUCAAAUCCUUGCAGUGGAGAUGUUACAGGAGAAGGGAGCGGACGGGAGUAUCAGGAACAAAGACGGGUUGCUCUACUCUGAUUUGGCCCUGAUACGCGCCGUGAGAACAGAGGACAAGGAGCAGGUAGUGGGGGGCCUGGCGUGGGGGGGCGACCCAUCCUGCAGGGACGCGAGGGGAUGGACGCUCCUACACCACGCCGUAUACAAGGGCGCCCUCGACAUCUGCUCCCUGCUGAUCGAGUGCGGUGCGGAGGUCAGCGCGCAAGAUAACCAUGGUCGAACUCCCCUUCUGCUUGCUGCUUAUAGAGGGAAUCAGCAGAUCAUGGAGGUGUUGCUGGGCGCCGGUGCAGACGUCAACACCACCGAUGACUCCCGCAACACCGCACUCCACUGGGCGGCGCUGGAGGGGAGCGUCAUCACCGUGGAGUUGUUGGUGAAGCACGGGGCCAACACCAGGCUGAGGAACAAGGCUGGUCACACCUACACGGACCUGCUCCUGAAACACCUUUACCUCGCCGUGAGACACAACGACGAGGAAAAGGUUCUGACCCUCCUUAACUUAGGAGUGGAUCAGUUUAAAGAGGUUCCGGGCACAAGCUUAAGCCCGAGACAGGAGGCGGAACGGCAAAAGAGGUACACGAUCCUCCAACUCAUGUCCAGCCUGGCGAGGAGGGAGAAGAAGGAGAAGGAGGAGGAGGAGGAGAGGAAGAAUGGGAGGAAGAGGAAGAAGGAGGGGGAGGAGGAGGAAGCUCUUCUGGGACUCGAAGAUUUGCAUAGACUCUUUCAUGCUCGAUCCUCCUCUUCCUCCUCCUCCUCCUCCUCCUCCUCCUCCUCCUCCUCCUCGGAAGAAGAGGAGGAGGAGUGGAGGAUGAGCAACGCCUACAUAGUCCUCAGCGUCCAGGAAGCCUUCGAGGACGAGGCCGAUGACUGGCUCAGGUCAUUCGAGGUCAAGCCUGAGGUCAUCUCCAUCGACGACCUGAGGAACGAGGAAGAGGAGGCCUUCUGGGGGUCAUGGGAGGAGGAGAAGGAGGAGGAGGAGGUCACCGGGUCAUCUCCACCCGGGGUCAUCUCCCUCGACGACCUGAAGAACAAGGAAGAGGAGGCCUUCUGGGGGUCAUGGGAGGAGGAGAAGGAGGAGGAGGAGGUCACCGGGUCAUCUCCACCUGGGGUCAUCUCCGCGAGGAAACGCUUCAAGGAGGAGGAGGAGGAGGUCACCGGGUCAUCUCCAGCUGGGGUCAUCUCCGCGAGGGAACUCUUCAAGGAGGAGACCAACUGGUGGGAGGAGCCAGGGGAGACUAACUCAUCUCCACCGCCUCCACCGUCAUCUCCACGCUCAUCUCCUCCACCGCCAGUCAUCUCCGCUAAGGACUUCUUCAAGGAGGAGGAGGACGGCUGGUGGGAGGCGGAGGAGGAGGAGGAGGAGGAGGAGGAGGAGGAUACCAAGGUCAUCUCCGCCAAAGAAUUCUUCCGGGACGACGAGGCUUGGUGGAGAGACGCAGUGGAGGAGCAGGAGGAGGAGGAGGAGGAGGAGGAGGAAGAGGGGAGGAGGAGGAGGAAGACUAUACCGGCGAGUGAGUUCUUCAGAGAGAGCGCUUGGUGGGAGGAGGAGGAGGAGGAGGAGGAGGAGGAGGAGAGGAAGAGGAAGAAGAAGAUGAAGGAGGAGGAGGAGGAGGAGGAGGAGGACGAGGAAUGGUGUAAUGAUGACCUCAAUACCACCAACACCACCACUCUCAACACCAAUCUCAACACCAAUUUCAACACCAAUAACAACACCUCGGAUGAUGACACUAGCUCCAUGUACACCGCUAGCGAGGGGUUGACGCCCCCCCUCGCCCCCCUCGCCCCCCAAGCGCGCCCCCCCUGGGUAGACGAACCCCCGCCCCCCUGGCUUAACGAAGAGGAGGAGGUGGAGAAGGAGGAGGAGGAGGAGGAUACGGACACAGGCACAAUGGAAGAGGAGGAGGAGGAAGAGGAAGAGGAGGAGGAGGAGGAGGAGAUGAAGGUUGUUGUGGUAAGGAAGAGAGAGAGAAGAGAGGAGGAGGAGGAGGAAGAGGAGGAGGAGGUGAGGAGGAGGUUUAGAAGAAGGGAAGAGAAGAAGAAGGAAGAGGAGGAGGAGGAAGAGGAGGAGGAGGUGAGGAGGAGAUUUAGAAGAAGGGAAGAGAAGAAGAAGAAGGAGGAGGAGGAGGAGGAGGAGGAGGAAGAGAGGAGGAAGAUAUCAAUCACAGGAAGAGUAAGACAGAGGAAGAGGGAAGAGAAGGAGGAGGAGGAGGAGGAGGAAGAAGAAGAAGAAGGAGGAGGAGGAGGAGGAGGAGAGGAAGAAGAAGAAGGAGGAGGAGGAAGAAGACAUAGGAAGAAGAGAGAGAACAAGAGUAACACUAAAGGAAGAGAGGAAGAAGGAAGAAGAGGAGGAGGAAGAAGAAGAAGAAGAGGAAGAAGAAGAAGAGGAGGAGGAAGACAGCUCAGAAGAAGAAGAGGAAGAAGAAAGCUCAGAAGAAGAAGAGGAGGAAGAUAGCUCAGAAGAGGAGGAAGAGGAGGAGGAAGAGGAGGAGGAGGAGGAGGAGGAGGAGGAGGAGGAGGAGGAUAAAAAAAAGCUCAUGGAGGAAUUAGAAAAAUUAAAAUUAUUACAAGAAAUGAAGGAGGAGGUGGAGAGGAGGAGGAGGAGGAGGAGGAAGAGGGAGGAAGAGGAGGAGGAGGAAGAGGAGAAGACAAAGGAAGAAAAAAAAGAACAAGGAGGAACAAAAAGGAGGAAGGAAGAAGAAG